UUACUAGGUGGCAUUGGUUUAUUAAAUUUGAUUGCAUUUAAGUUGUUGGGAAAUAGAUUAACGAAAAAUAUAAAUAAUUAAUUUCAAUGUUAUAAUUUAAAUUGAAAAUAAUUCAAUUAAUUAGUCAUAACUUGAUUUUCUUGAAUUUAAGAUAGUUGAAAGUGAAGUGACGAUAUAAGGAAACAGCUGUCAAUAUCACGUAAUGGUGUAGGUAUUUUGUUUUCAUUCGGAUUAUUAUUGUUUAUGUUUUUUUCGGUUGUGAUGUUGUUAAACUGUUAAUAUUUGUGAUAAAAAUGGGUUCAAGAAAAUUACCACGUUCUUCGCUUAAAGAGAAAAAGGUACAGAAACGAAUAAAGGAAACCAAUUCAACUAAUGGUGAAAAGAAAGAGGGGGAAGAAAAAGUUGUAGUGGAGACAAAAAAAGUUCAAUCGAAAAUGACACUUUGUACGACGUCGACGGCACAAACGAGGCCGACCAGAAGACCUGGUAGGCCUCCGAUUGGUAAAUCUUACGUUGGACUACAGAGACAGAAAGAAAUAUCCGCUAAAGUGCGUUCGACGUAUAGAAGAAGCCUAGAUCCUUGCGAUAAUUCCAACGAUAGCGGUUUGGGUUUCGGAGAUCAUCACAUGGAUCCGCAUCACCAUCGAUCCGAUCGUUUGACUUGGACCGGCGAAAGAUCGGAAUCGAAAAGACAAAAAAUUGACGUCAAAUUGGAACGAGAAGAGGCAAACGACAAUUAUUGUUUUCCGGAAAACGUCCUAACCUCCAAAGAUAACAUCUCUUUGAGUAGAUCGGCGCCCACAAACGCGAUAUCUUCUCCCCUCGAUAAUGGUACCGCAGUUAGAUCGGUACCGAGAAACGUACCGUUCGAUAAUAAACAAUCUUCAACGGGAAUAAUACCGCUGACGACGCAACUGAUGGCAACGUCGAGAUAUUCAAACGUCUCUUUGCAAAUAUUGAAACAACCGGAACAACAACACCGAGCUCGGUACCAAACGGAAGGUAGCCGGGGGGCGGUUAAAGAUAGAGAAGGAAACGGUUUUCCGGUAGUGCAAUUGUUGAAUUAUUACCAACCGGCAACGUUGCAAGUUUAUAUAGGCACGGACGCCGGUAGGAUUUCGCCCCACAUUUUCUACCAGGCGUGUAAAGUGAGCGGGAAAAAUUCGACGCCUUGUACGGAAACGAAAAUCGAAGGGACUUGCGUUAUCGAAUUGCAAUUGGAUCCUUCGAAAGAUAUGAAAGCGAUUUGCGAUUGCGUCGGGAUAUUGAAGGAAAGGAACGUCGACGUCGAACAUCGGUUUCCGGAUCAAUUGGGUAAUAGACCGAAGAAGAAAUCGACUAAAUGUCGGAUGAUCUUCAGGACCACCAUUACCUUGGACGAUGGGAACAAAGAGACUCUGCAAGUCUGUUCGCAACCGAUUGUUUGCACUCAACCUCCCGGUAUUCCCGAGAUUUGUAAAAAAUCUUUAACGUCCUGUCCAGCCAGCGGUGGUUUGGAACUAUUCGUAUUGGGCAAAAAUUUCCUCAAGGACACGAGGGUAUUUUUCCAACAAUACGAAGAAAAUCAAGUCCGAUGGGAGCAAACCGUCGUUCCAGACAAGGAAUAUUUACAACAGACGCACUUUGUGUGUGUAGUGCCGCCUUAUCGAAGACCGGACAUAGCCGAACCAGUUUCGGUAAGGUUAUGCGUCAUGUCUAGCGGUAAAACUUCGGAAUCCCAUCAGUUUGUAUACACACCCGUUAACGGGGUACCGAGUGUGAUGGUCGAUGCUUUACCUCCGCCUCCGCCGUUUUUCAAAAGUAAUUUUUGGCAAUCGAACGCGUCCAUCAGCAAAAGGGAACAAGAUCAAGACAUGAUGCCGCCUCCGGAUACAAGCUUAGUUCCCGUAUCCACCAGACGUCCAUCGAUGAAUCUACUACAAUCGAUUAACGAUAGUCAUUCGCCACCAAUGUGUCCAUUAAAACAAGAAUACGUCGACGAAUCGAGUCAAUGUUCUCUAAUAGACCAAGAUAGAUACAGACAUUUAUCGGAAAGUUCUUUGGACGCCCACCAAGGAGAUUCCAACAUUUCCAUGUUGAACGAAAACAGCAUGAUGAGUCACAUGAACGAUAAUUCGAACAUCAGCGUCGGUAACGAAGAUACCGCCAUCGAUAUAGUUCGAGGUGGAAACGAAGACAGUUCUUCUUCGACUCCUUCGACGUCGAUAUUGAACGAACAAACUAGCGCCGUAAUGGAUUUAAGGAUGAAAUUACCGAUAGCCACCGUAGCGGAUUUAGUUAAUACGACGGCGCCUUCGAUAGCGGCCCUCCAACGUUUCGGCAUCAUGGAACACCCCACGGAACCGCUGCCGAAUCAGAGCGCGCAAAGCGUCGAAAAUUAUUUAAACAAGAUCGAAGCUAAACCGUCGAUGAUACCUCUAACUAACCCGACGGGACUUUUGAUGAAAAACGACCUGAGUCGAAUAAUAAACGGAAGGGAACCGAUGUUUCCGGCGACGAAUCGACCGUUCAUGUCGUGUAGAAGUCAAAACGAAGUUGUCAAUAUCGUAGCUAAAUCGGAAAGCGCCGAAGUACCGGUACAUAUACCGGAACGAAACGACACGACGGCGUCUUCUACUAUAACGACGGUGUCGAAUAGUUUGGAACGAAUCGUACCGACGCCUAUCAACACCGAAAAAUUGGACGCCCUGGUUAAUUCGACGGUGGAAUCGCAUUUGAGUCCGACUUCGCCCAAAGACGUCCUGGUACCGGAAGCGAUCAUCCCCGCCGGAGACGUUAUGUUAAAUCCGAUGAUGAUGACGACGACGACGACUACGACGUCGAUUUUGGGCCGAAACGAAUUGCCGGAUAAUCCGAAUUUGACGACGACGACGACGACGCCGGAAGCGAUUUUGAGCACGCAGAUAUCGCCAAAUUUGAUGUGCGCCAAUACGCGACGGCGGGAAAAUUUGUGUCGAUCGGCGCAACGACCGUUAUUGACGACGGCGGCUGCGGUGGUGACGGCGCCGGUUAAUUUGGCGUCGUUGACGACGGAAGCCGAAAAGGUGGUGUUGUUGAACGCCGCCGUCGAUCUAUUGGAAACGCAGCAACAGUUGCACGGUAUAGGCGGCGGCGGCGCGACGGCGCCGGCGGAUGAUUUCGUCGCGCGGUCUUACGGAUCGCCGAUGGUUAAGGAGAUGGUGCCGAAUACGCAAAACGACAAAAAUAAAACUGUCGAUGGGAUGAUACCGCAGGGGUUUACCGCCUUAACCGAAAACGAACUCAUCAGUUUGAUUAAUCCGAGUUGUUUCGAUCAAGUAUAAAAUUCAUUGGUGGAGGCAAUCAUCAUUCAUAUAUACUUAUCAAUGUGAUGUAAAAUGAAAAAUAUUUGUGACGUAUUUACCUAUUAUUUGAUAUACACUCGUAAAACAUUGAUAUUAUGACGUAAAAAGGUCGAAUUACACAAAACGAAUUCGUUAGGUAUAAAUCUGUGUGCUAAGAGUGUUCGUUAGUAUCAUCAUCUAAGUUUAUAACCACACUCGAUACCGAUAUAAUUAAACCUCGAAUUUCAUCGAUAAAUAUCGCCGAAAUAGAGGUUUUAUUUCGCUAAUUGUGUUUGCGAGCUAUGUUAAGUUGAACAAGUUUAACCGCUAAACGUACUUGUGUUACUCUUAUUGCCGAACGCACCUAUAAAGUCGUUGAUAUAAUUUGACAACGUAGACAGAUGUGUUUAUGUCAAUCAGUUUGUGAAAUACUGUUGAUAAUAUAAAAGUGUGUUUGUAUAUAAAAUUGUGUUUUAUGUGAUUAAACUGAGAUUUUGUUUCUAACUUAACAUAGCAAUGUAACGUUCUAGUCCCCUCUAAAACAUCGUGAAUAAAAUAUAUUUUUAUAUGGUUACAUUUUAACUUGGAUAUGGUAUAAUGUGGAAUUUGAUAUUUCGAUUUGUUUUUACUUUAAAAACCUCGUAGUUUCUUACAAAAACCAACAUUCCAGCAGCUGUUUUCAAUUAAUCGGAAUCUAAGACGCUUUUGUUUCGAUAACAUUUAAUGGCCUAAUAUUGUAUAAAAAAAUAUGACUGAUCUAAUUUUUAAUUGAAAAAUAUUUAUAAAGCUCCAUUGGAAAAGUUUGUUUUUCUUGAAAAAAUAUUGAGAGUUUUAUCGCAUUCUUCCUGAAUAUGAAAAUUUUGUAAUUAUGUUCCUAUUUUGGGGAGUCAAAUGUUUUCAGUGAAAGCAGAAAAACUUGUAUAUAAGGUGUUACGAUAUUGAAGAAAAAAAGUUUACAAAUUCUUUGGAACUUGAUUUUUUUUCUAAAUGCAUUGAUAACACUGAUAUUAUCACAUCGCAUUUUUUUGUUACCUAUGAUUAAUAUAUUUAUGAUUGUUUUUAUUUCGAGUAUAAAUAGUCUAAUUGUACAUUAAGCAUAGAAGUUUGUAUGGAUAUA